CAAGCUGGGGGCUCCGAAAGUCCUCUACUCAGUGGGCGUAUGAAGGCUGCAGGAAAGUCGCACAAUAAAGCAAAGACAGCAAAGUUUGUGAGAGUCACUGACUGACCAUGAGAGUCCUCCUCUUCAUCUGCAUGCCAGUUGUGCUCGCCCAGGCUCAGUACCAGGACCCCUUCCCUUUCCUGCGGGACUAUGAGCCAGAUUAUUUCACAGAGUCUGAGAAUCCCGAUUCUCUUCCCGGAACCUUCCAGCAGCAGGUUCACAUUGACCCUGUGAUUCGUCCAGAAAAAACAAACCUCAACUUGGAGACGGAGCCCACGGAGCCCGGUCCUCUCGAUUGCAGAGAGGAGCAGUAUCCCUGCACCAGACUCUAUUCUGUGCACAAACCAUGCAAGCAGUGCCUCAACAGUCUGUGCUUCUACAGUUUGAGACGGGUGUACGUCAUCAACAGGGAGGUGUGUGUGAGGACCGUGUGUGCUCACGAGGAGCUGCUCAGGGCGGACCUGUGUCGGGACCAGUUCUCCCGCUGUGGCGUGGCGGCGGUGAGCGGCCACUGUGGGUCGGUGGGAGGAAGCUGCGGGAAGAGCUGCGGCGGCGGGUGCUGAUGCUGCCGAUGAUGAUGAUGUCCUACAACGUCUUGUACUUGUACAUGUAUGAGCCCGUGUGUAUGUUUGAUUAUACUCCAAAGAAGCGUGAUGAUUGUACAAACCAAUGGUGCUAUAAACCAUCACACUGGUGCUGUGUAUUACAGGCCCCCCACUUUCUCACCCUAUUAAAUGGCUUUGUAUUUGUACUGUACUAUGGUGUCCUUUUCCAAAAAGCAGAAGAUAAAGAAGCUUUUUCUACCAAAAUGCUUUGAUCAGCGCUACUACUGCUUUGUUAAAGUGUUCACUAUGAAGACAGAGGUAAUAAUAAAGUUGUUG